AAAGGGAAACUUGGGUCUUGACUGAAAGUCUGGUUUUAUUUAGUCAUUUGGCUUUGUGAGACCUUUUGUAAAUUGGACCCAGGCUGACUGUGGAUAUGAGUUCUACCACUUCCAGAGAUAAAGAAGAAAAAGACACAUUUAAAAUUUUAGUUGCUACAGACAUUCACCUUGGAUAUUUGGAGAAGGAUGCUUGUCGUGGAAAUGAUACUUUUGUAACCUUUGAUGAAAUAUUGAAACUUGCUCAAGAUAAUGAGGUGGACUUCAUUUUAUUAGGUGGGGAUCUCUUUCAUGAAAACAAGCCUUCCCGGAAAACAAUAUAUACAUGUUUAGAAUUAUUAAGAAAAUAUUGCAUGGGUGACCGUCCUGUACAAUUUGAAAUUCUGAGUGACCAGUCAGUUAACUUUGGCUUUAGCAAGUUUCCAUGGGUGAACUACCAAGAUGAAAAUCUCAACAUUUCUAUUCCAGUUUUUAGUAUUCAUGGCAACCAUGAUGAUCCCACAGGGGCAGAUGGUCUUUGUGCUUUGGACAUUUUAACCUGUGCAGGACUUAUUAAUCAUUUUGGACGAUCCCCAUCUAUAGAGAAAAUAGAAAUUAGUCCCAUUUUGCUUCAAAAAGGAAAUUCAAAGAUUGCUCUUUAUGGAUUAGGAUCUGUUCCCGAUGAAAGACUAUAUCGGAUGUUUGUGAAUAAACAAGUAACCAUGUUGAGGCCGAAAGAAGAUGAAGAUAGAUGGUUUAAUAUGUUUGUCAUUCAUCAGAACAGGAGUAAACACGGCGCCACAAACUAUAUUCCAGAACAGUUUCUAGAUGACUUCAUUGACCUUGUCAUUUGGGGUCAUGAACAUGAAUGUAAAAUAUCUCCAACCAGAAACGAGCAACAACUUUUCUAUGUUUGUCAGCCAGGAAGUUCGGUGGUUACGUCUUUGUCACCAGGGGAAACUGCCAGAAAACAUGUUGGCUUGUUGCACAUCAAAGACAAAAAAAUGAAGAUACAGAAGAUUCCUCUCCAGACGGUACGACCUUUCUACCUUGAAGACCUUGUUCUGGCUGACAACUCAAACUUUUUUCUCCCAGACAACCCCAGAGUCACACAAGUAAUACAAGAUUUCUGCAUGGAGAAGGUGGAUUACAGCGGAGGCUUUGAACCAUUCAGUAUGGUUCGUUUCAGUCAGAAAUACAUGGAUAGAGUGGCUAAUCCAAAAGAUAUUAUACAUUUUUUCAGGCAUCGGGAACAAAAAGAGAAAAAUGAAGACGAAGUUAACUUCAGAAAACUGGUCCACAGGCCUGCAGCUGAGGGAACAACACUACGGGUAGAGGAUUUAGUAAAGCAAUAUUUCCAAACAGCAGAGAAGAAAGUGCAGCUUUCCCUUCUGAGCGAGAGGGGCAUGGGGGAAGCCGUGCAAGAAUUUGUGGACAAGGAAGAGAAGGACGCUAUUGAAGAACUGGUGAAGUUCCAGCUAGAAAAGACCCAGCGAUUUCUGAAGGAGCGGCAUAUAGAUGCCGAAGAAGCCAAAAUCGAUGAGGAGGUGCAGCGUUUCAGAGAAUCAAAAAAAAAGAACACAGUAGAAGAGGAUGAGGAAGUUCGUGAGGCUAUCAACAGGGCCAAGGCCAGAUCUCAGGAGACUGGUUAUGCUUCAGCAAUGAGUGAUGAGGACCUGAUGGAUGUGACCACCUUUGACCAAAGAGUCAAUGAUGAGUCGGACGACUCUUUACCUCCCAGCCGGGGUAGCCAGAGAGGUCGGGCAAGAGGCAGAGGACAGAAUGUCUCAACCAGGAGAGCAUCUCGGCGAGGAAGAGGAGGAAGUGCUGGCCGUGAACAGACUGGCAGCAGCAGAACAUAUAAACCUGCAACUACUACAAAAACUAUGUCGAUUUUGGAUGCUUUUAAGUCAUCCAGACAGCAACCCUCCCGAAACAUGUCUGCCAAGAAUUAUUCAGAGGUGAUUGAAGAUGAUGAUUCUAAUAUGGAGGUGUCUUUUUCCACUUCUUCUACAAAUCAAAGAUUACCAACCACAUCAACGCAAAGCCAGACGAGCUCUCAGAGCCAAGCAUCAAAAGGUGUUGCCUUUGAAUCAGAUGAGGAUGAAUUAUUUGUUUCCACUUCGAGAAGAAAAAGAUGAUAACUUC